CGGUUGCUGCGCCCGGUACUGUGGCCGCUGCCUGAGGCGCAGGCGCCGUGGGCUCAGCCCGCCCCGGGCCUUGCGUCGCUGUGGGUUCGUCAUGGCGACCCAGCAGAGGCCUUUCCACCUGGUGGUGUUCGGCGCCUCUGGCUUUACCGGCCAGUUCGUGACCGAGGAGGUGGCGCGGGAGCAGGUGUCCCCGGAGCGGACUACCCAUCUGCCCUGGGCCGUGGCGGGCCGUUCCCGGGAGAAGCUGCUGCGAGUGCUGGAGAGGGCUGCCAUGAAGCUGGGAAGACCGACACUGUCAUCUGAGGUUGGAAUAAUAAUUUGUGAUAUCACUAAUCCAGCCUCACUUGAUGAAAUGGCUAAACAGGCAACAGUUGUCCUCAACUGUGUAGGCCCAUACCGAUUUUAUGGAGAACCUGUAAUAAAAGCAUGUAUUGAAAAUGGAACUAGCUGUAUUGACAUCUCUGGAGAACCUCAGUUUCUGGAACUAAUGUAUUGGAAGUAUCAUGAGAAAGCUGCAGAAAAGGGGGUUUAUAUCAUUGGAAGCAGUGGCUUUGACUCCAUUCCAGCAGAUCUGGGAGUAAUAUAUACCAGAAAUAAAAUGAAUGGUACACUGACUGCUGUGGAAAGUUUCCUGACCAUAUGUUCAGGACCUGAGGGCUUGUCCAUUCAUGAUGGUACCUGGAAGUCAGCAGUUUAUGGUUUUGGAGAUAAGAGUAAUUUGAAAAAACUACGAAAUGAGUCAGAUAUGAAGCCUGUCCCAAUUGUUGGACCAAAAUUGAAAAGAAGGUGGCCAAUAUCUUACUGCAGAGAACUCAGCAGUUAUUCCAUUCCUUUCUUGGGAGCAGAUGUGUCUGUUGUGAAGCGGACUCAGCGUUACUUGCAUGAAAAUUUAGAGCAGUCACCUGUUCAGUAUGCUGCUUAUGUAACUGUGGGAGGCAUCACUUCUGUUAUUAAGCUGAUGUUUGCUGGACUCUUCUUUUUAUUCUUUGUGAGGUUUGGCAUUGGAAGGCAACUUCUCAUAAAAUUCCCAUGGCUCUUCUCCUUUGGUUAUGUUUCAAAACAAGGUCCAACACAAAAACAGAUUGAUGCUUCAUCAUUUACUAUGACAUUUUUUGGUCAAGGAUUCAGCCAAGGCGUUUCCCCUGUUAAGAACAAACCAAAUAUCAGAAUUUGUACUCAGGUGAAAGGACCAGAAGCUGGCUACGUGACUACCCCCAUAGCCAUGGUCCAGGCAGCCAUGACUCUUCUAAAUGAUGCCGCUGAUCUUCCUAAAGCGGGUGGAGUCUUCACGCCCGGAGCAGCUUUCUCCCGAACAAAGUUGAUUGACAGACUCAAUGAACGUGGCAUUGAAUUUAGUGUCAUUAGCAGCACUGAAGUCUAAACAUUUGAAUAAUUAAUUGAAGUCAUAAAAUGUAUGAAUUAACAGCUUUUUAAUUUGGUAUGUUGAAAUGCUUCUAUAAACCUAUCUGACUAUAUGUGGAAAAGAUUGUCAAAUCUAAAAUAUGUAUACAUUAAAGCAGGAAAUUGUACUAGCUUACCCUGAAUUUCAAAUCUUAGCUGAUAUUUGUGAUUUUAUUGCUCUUGAGAGAAAACUUAACAUUUGACUGACUUUUUCAUUGAAGAAUUCAUGGUCAUUUUUUAUAAGUGAGCUGGCAGAUCAGAGGAUGGGAUGGUGGCUCUGUCUGUGUUGCUGACACACCCCGGCUGGUGGUCAUGUGAGAUAGUGGCUGCUGUUUUCCUUGUCAUGGUAUCAAAUGGGAUCUCACUUUCCCAUGAAUUUCUCUGCAUAGUGUAGGCCUUUGCCAAAUGAAACUGCAGUUUUUGCUGUUUUAGCCUAGUUUUUCACCCAUCUGCACUGACUGAUUUUGGACUCUUACCUAAAGUUUAAUAAUAAAGGAUUGUCAAUUGAACAGUG